UGAAUGGCUUGGAAAAGCAGAUAAGACAUUGUUAUGCCUCUUUGGAUAGGUUAGCAACUUGGAGUGGAAAAACAAACCAAAGAAAGCGAAGAAAAUAAAUAUUAUACAGAGAGAGAGAGAGAGAGCAAUAAUUACAGAAGGAAAAAUUAUGGAAGGUAAAUUGUACAUGGUAUCAAGUUUUGGAUCUUAUGAUGGUUUUAAAUUUUUUAUAUUUUUUAGGAAUGUUCAGGGAAAGAAAAAAAACCUGAGGAACACUAACCUAGAAGAGGGAAAGUAAAGAUCAAAGAGAGAAAGAGUGACUUGACAUUCCUUAUUUAUAUUGCCUAAGUCAUCAAAUCCUUUUCUUGGUUUUGCAUUUCUUUCAAAGAAAGAAAGAGAUGCAGUGAUUUCUAUAAGAUCUGCAAGUAACUAGAGAAACUUAGAGAAGAGCUACAAUGGAUGGUGUGAUUCAGUUGCAAAGGCAGUUAGUUGACUACACAGCUUCACUGUUCCAUGAGGGAUUCUUGGAUGAACAGUUUAAUCAACUUCAGCAACUGCAAGAUGAAAACAAUCCAGAUUUUGUGGUUGAAGUCGUGUCUCUUUUCUUUGAAGACUCUGAAAGGCUUCUUAAUGAACUGGCCAAAGCUCUAGAGCAGCAAUGUGUAGAUUUCAAAAGAAUAGAUGCUCAUGUUCACCAGUUGAAGGGCAGCAGCUCCAGCAUAGGUGCUCAGAGAGUUCAGAAAGCCUGCAUUGCCUUCCGGAACUAUUGCGACGAGCAGAAUACUGAAGGGUGCCUAAAAUGCCUGCAACAAGUGAAACAUGAGUACUCCCUAGUGAAAACGAAGCUCGAAACUCUGUUCAAGCUUCAGCGACGGGUCCUGGCAGCUGGUGGAUCAAUUCCCAAGCCUAUCUAAUGAAGUGAUUACAAGUCAUAGCAAGCAGAAAGGGAUUUUGGAUAUUGUAGAGGAGAUUUCCUUUUCUAUCUUCAUUGCUUCUUUUCCAUUUUCAAUUGAGGAUUCCUUCAACUUUUGAGCAUAAGUUUGUAUCAUAUGCAAAUGCAAUGUAUGAGCAACAAUGAAGAAUGUGAAUCAACCCUCCCAUUGCACCUUGUUUAA